AUGAUGAAUGAAAAUGAACAUAUUGAACAAAUCCAUGCCAGAAAUCUAUUUAGACAACGUCGUCUUCUAUUUAGCAAGGCCAAAUUAAAAGCUGUUUCACGUACAAGUGCUCUACUGUCGGGCUUUGCUAUGAUUGCUAUGGUAGAAGUUUCAUUAGAUGAUUAUAAGCAAUCAAAAACGUCUACACCUCUCAUCGUUACCUAUGCAGCGCUCACGUGUCUUGUAGUAGGUGUACACCUAUUAGCUUUAAUGAUUAGCACUUGUAUACUACCACUACUAGAAACUGGUGAUAGUUUUGGCUAUGAGGACCAUGAAACAAUGUUUGCUUACAUUGAGCUAGCUUGGAUUUUAAGUACCGGAUUUGGUAUAUUUUUGUUCUUACUGGAAAUUGCUGUCGUAUGCUGGGUAAAAUUUUAUGUCAUAUUGCGUCCUGCAGCCGUCGCAGCUACAAUGAUCAUUGUACCAGUUAUGCUAUUAUUUUCGAUAUUUGCAUUACAUUUUUAUCGACGUCUUGUAUUUCAUAAAUUAAAUCAGCAUCAAACUGAACUGGACCAAAUAGAAAUUGGAUUAACAACUGUAAAAUUUCCAAUGGUGGACAAUGUUUAA